CGUGACAUAACAGCUGACCAACUCUCACUUGCUAGCUAGUUACACUUUAGCCACGCUUGCUUUACAGGUGAAUUUUGAACCCAGCUUUCUGCCACUUGACGUGAAAACAUGUAUGUGAGCGGAGUGGUAUCAAUGAUUACAUGAAGCGGCAGUAACCCAGAGCCCCUUGCAUGAGUCCAACUGUCCACUAAGUCGUCACCAUGCCUGGGAAUAUCGUAAACAAGGUUCGAUGCGCUCUCAGGAGGGGUAGCGGCGAUCAGGGCUUCAGCGACAGGUCGCCCUUCGAUCUCUCGGAUGAGCUGGAGGAGGAGGACACCCCCAAGUUCAACCAACUGAAGGUGGUGGUCUCCGGGGAUAUGAACGGCGGAGCUGCUCCGUCCAACGGGGUGGCGGUCAACACGCUGCUGGUGGAGGUUGACGAUGACAUGCUGAUCGACUCCAGUCCCAGCUCGGACGGCGCCGGCUUGAACAUGGACCCGUGCGAUAGCUGCACCAAGAAGAGGGAAAUGAUCAAGCAAAAGAAGGUGAUGAAGAGGCUCAUCAUCGCUGCUGUCCUCUACACACUGUUCAUGAUCGCUGAAAUUGUAGGCGGCUAUGUGUCCAGCAGUUUGGCCAUCAUGACAGAUGCCGUGCAUCUGCUCACAGACGUGAUCGGGAUUUUGUUUUCCCUGUUGGCACUCUGGCUUUCCUCAAAGCCCCCCACCAAGAGAUUCACCUUCGGACUGGACCGCCUCGAGGUGAUUGCUGUCUUCUUCAGUGUGGCUCUCAUCUACAUCCUGACCGCAGUCCUGGUCAUGGAGGCCGUGCAGAGGACAAUCAGCCAAGACUUUGAAAUCGACGGAGACGUCAUGCUGAUCACAGCAGCGAUAGGGGUCGCUGUCAAUCUUAUAAUGGGAUUCUUGUUAAACCAAGAUGGCCACUUGCACUCUCACGGAGGCCAUGGCCACAGUCACUCUCACGGUCACGGUCAUGGUCACGGUCAUGGUCACGAUCAUGGUCACUCUCAUGGUCCUGGUGCUAAUUCAGGAGGCCAGCAGCAGAAGCAAAGUGCCAGCAUGAUUGUCCGAGCGGCUUUCAUCCACGCAUUGGGAGACCUGGUCCAGAGUGUCGGUGUCCUUGUAGCAGCCUACAUUGUCCGAUUCAAGCCGGAGUAUAAAAUGGCAGACCCCAUCUGCACUUACAUCUUCUCCAUCCUGGUUCUUUUUACAACAUUCCGCAUCAUCAGAGACACGUUUGUCAUUGUGCUGGAGGGUGCUCCCAAACACUUGGACACUCAGAGAAUCAAAGAGGACCUCCUGAAUCUAGAUGACGUCCAGUCAGUAGAGGAACUGAAUGUUUGGGCGUUGACAGGGGAAAAGACUGCAGCACUCGUGCAUCUCCGACUCACACCUUCAAGUGAUCACAACUGGGAGGAGGUCCAGGCAAAGGCCCGACACCUGAUGCUCCACACUUACAAGGUGAGCCGGUGCACGGUGCAGGUCCAGACGCACCGGCAGAGACAAGCACGUUCGUGUGCCAACUGUCAGGUGCCCAGCGCCUGAACGCCUUUGAACUGAGUUUUACUUGACUUCCCUGGGGCCUUUCCAAGGAGCCUGAAGGCUCCGACCUCCAGUGACCACCUCCAUCACAGACGGGAGCCACAGUAUUGAGCCGUUCAGAGCACUCGUGCCAAAGAUGGUCAGUGGUCUUGCUUCCCAGGAACUGUAUUCUCAUGCCUUCUUAACAUUUCAAAUCGGAGCCUGUAUGUGAAAGUAUUAGAGACAGUAUUAGGGCAGGGCGGGGGUGACUUUAUCACCUAUGUUUUCUAUUUUAUUGAGUUUGUGUUGACUGAUAAAUCAUGAGACUGCAAUAACAAUGUCUUAAUAAUGUCUUAUAAAAGUAUUACCCCGACAAUCAAACCAGCUUUGACAGUCAACCUCGGACUUAUUGCUGUGUAUCAUAACUUGAUUAUACGCUUAGCACCAUUCUACAAUGGUGCUUCAGGUUUCAGUGUUUUUGUUAUAAACUCUUUGACCUUCGGAAUCUGUGCGAGUGUGAAUUUAUCAUUCAACUUUGAGUGGUAUCAGCAUGUGGAACAGGUCACAGACAUGCCGGAACAUUUGAAGGGUUUACGAUCGGGAAGGUGAGGAGGUGUUAUUGCAGCGGUAAGAUGGAACAAUUAGAUAGUGUUUAUUACACCAUGCUCUUUGACAUUUGAUCGAUUGAGUACUCAUUUUAUUAUAUGAAACAACAACCUCCAGGUCAAGUUUUCCAUUUGGCACUUUUUUUUUAAAUAUCAGGUGAGUUGAGUUAAUAAAACUGAAGUUUGAGUCAUGAAUCAGCACAUGUAAUGCCUAUUGUUUGACACAGACAUUGAUUCCAUCUCAAAUAAAAUA